CAAACCAGCCCGAUGAUGAUGAAUACAUUGGAAAGUUUUUUUGGCCCUGGUGAGGGUGUCAGAUUGAAUGCUCUGUGCGCAUGUGCGAAGGUGUCCAAACUGACAAUGCUGGGGAGAUGAAGAUAGUGUGUAGCUGCUUCUGGGCUCAAGGAGGAGGAGAGGAAUCCACACGCCGACACGAUGAGAUCCAAGGCGAGGGCGAGAAAACUGCCCAAAAGUGACAGCGAGAUUGUAAAUAAUAUGUACGAGACCGACCCCGAUCUCCUUGCUGGAGAAAGCGCAGAGGAGGAAACUGAGGACAGUAUAAUGUCCCCCAUCCCUGUGGGACCUCCGUCACCCUUCCCCACCAGUGAGGACUUCACUCCCAAGGAGGGCUCACCCUAUGAAGCUCCCGUCUACAUUCCUGAUGACAUUCCAAUCCCACCAGAUUUUGAACUCAGAGAAUCUUCGAUCCCAGGGGCAGGGCUAGGGAUUUGGGCCAAAAAGAAGAUUGAAGUUGGGGAAAGAUUUGGACCCUAUAUGGCAGUACAGAGGAGCACAUUAAAGGAAACAAACUUUGGAUGGGAGCAAAUACUGACUGAUCCUGAGGUGACCUCCCAGGAGGGCAAUAUAAAAAAGUCAUUAUGA